GCUAAUAUCGGCUCCAGAGGCUGAAGCAUCGCGUUUCUGCCGGCAGUCAGCGGUGGCUUCCAGAGUCUGAGGAGGCUCCUUCACAGCCAUGGCUGAGGGCGGAGAAGGGGAGGAUGAGAUCCAGUUCCUGAGAACAGAGGAUGAGGUGGUGCUCCAGAGUGUGGCCACCAUCCAGAAGGAGCAUUGCAAGUUCUGCCUGGCUGCAGAGGGACUCGGAAAUCGUGUGUGUUACUUGGAACCCACCUCUGAAGCUAAGCAUGUUCCUCCAGACAUGUGCAUCUGUAACUUUGUUCUGGAGCAGUCGCUGUCAGUUCGGGCCCUGCAGGAGAUGCUGGCCAAUACCGGGCAAAGCAGCGAAGGGGCGGGUCAGGGGGGUGGACAUCGGACCCUGCUCUACGGUCACGCCAUCCUCUUACGUCACUCCUUCAGUGGCAUGUACUUGACCUGUUUGAAGACAUCAAGGUCCCUGACAGACAAGCUGUCAUUUGAUGUCGGACUACAAGAAGACUCGAUAGGUGAGGCCUGCUGGUGGACCAUUCAUCCUGCGUCCAAGCAGAGAUCCGAAGGAGAGAAAGUCCGCAUCGGAGACGAUCUGAUUCUUGUCAGCGUGUCAACAGAGAGAUACCUGCAUCUUUCCAACUCUAAUGGCAACAUUCAAGUGGAUGCCUCCUUCAUGCAGACUCUGUGGAACGUCCAGCCGACCUGUUCUUCAAGCAACAUGGCCGUAGGGUAUCUAAUUGGUGGACAUGUGAUGCGUCUCUGCCACGGUCACGAUGAGAGUCUGACCAUCCCUGGAGCCGACAAGAGUGAAGACGAGCAGAGAAUAGUGAAUUAUGAGGCGGGUAAAGGAGCGUCUAAAGCCCGUUCUCUGUGGAGACUGGAACCUCUCAGGAUCAGCUGGAGCGGAAGCCACAUUCGAUGGGGUCAGCCUUUCCGUCUACGCCAUCUCUCCACUGGCCAUUACCUGGCCUUGACUGAAGACCGUGGACUGGUCCUGCAGGACCGAGAGAAGUCCGACACCAAGGCCACUGCUUUCUGCUUUAAGUCCGCUAAGGAAAAGGGAGACUCUGGUGCAAAGAGGGACAUUGACGGCAUGGGAGUCCCAGAGAUCAAGUAUGGAGACUCCGUCUGCUUCGUCAUGCACGUGGCGACGGGACUGUGGCUUUCUUACCUGGCACCCGACGCUAAAUCAUCCCGUCUUGGUCCCCUGAAAAGAAGGGCCUGCCUUCACUCCGAGGGCCACAUGGAUGAUGGACUCAUCCUCCAGCGCUGUCAGCAUGAAGAGUCUCGGGCUGCUCGCAUUAUCCGAAACACCACAUUCCUCUUCAAAAAUUUCAUCAACGCUUUGGACAUCGCUGCAGUCGGUGAGAGUAACGAGGUGUCCGGGUACGUGGAAGAAGUGCUGCAGACGCUGAACGAUCUGAUAGAGUACUUCAAGCAGCCCGAUUCGGAGCUGGAGCACGAGGAGAAACAGUGUCUGCUCCGGUCACUCAUCAAACGUCAAGACCUCUUCAAGGAGGAGGGUAUGCUGAGCCUCCUGUCCAAAUGCAUUGACCGGAUGAACCUGUAUAACAGUGCAGCCCAUUUUGGAGAAAUGGCCGGGGAGGAAGCUGGUGCAGCCUGGAAGGACAUUCUCAACCUCCUCUAUGAACUCCUGGCUGCACUGAUUCGUGGAAACAGGAACAACUGCACCCAAUUUUCCGGAAUAGACUGGCUGGUCAGCAAACUGGAGCGGCUGGAGUCAUCAUCAGGAAUCCUAGAAGUCCUCCACUGCAUCUUGGUGGAGCCGGAGGCCCUGAACAUCAUUCAGAGAGGACACAUUAAAUCCAUCAUCUCUCUGCUCUACAAGCAUGGACGCAACCACAAGAUUCUGGAUGUUCUCUGCUCCCUUUGUGUUUGCAAUGGGGUGGCAGUGAGAGCCAAUCAGAAUCUGAUCUGUGACAACCUGCUUCCUAAAAGGGACCUGUUGCUCCAGACCCGCCUGGUUAACGAUGUUCAGAGUAUGAGACCCAACAUCUUCCUGGGCAUCGCUGAAGGCUCGGCUCAGUAUAAGAAGUGGUACUUUGAGCUGGUCAUCGAUCAAGUGGACCACUUUGUGACCGGAGAGCCGACCCACCUGAGAGUCGGUUGGGCCAACACUAAAGGCUACGCUCCGUACCCUGGUGGAGGAGAGGGGUGGGGAGGCAACGGCGUGGGCGAUGAUCUGUACUCCUACAGCUUCGAUGGACUUCAUCUCUGGUCAGGGCGAAUCCCAAGGGCAGUGGCCUCCAUUAACCAGCACCUGCUGAACUCAGACGAUGUGGUGAGCUGCUGUCUGGAUUUAGGAGCUCCUAGCAUGUCCUUCAGGAUCAACGGGCAGCCUGUGCAGGGCAUGUUUGAGGACUUCAACACCGACGGAUUCUUCUUCCCAGUCGUCAGCUUCUCUGCAGGAGUCAAAGUGCGUUUCCUGUUGGGAGGACGCCACGGCGAUUUUAAGUUCCUGCCACCUGCCGGUUACUCUCCGUGCUACGAGGCACUCCUGCCAAAGGAGAAGAUGCACGUGGAGCCUGUGAAGGAGUACAAACGGGACCACGAUGGGGUCCGCGAUCUGCUUGGAACCACCCAGUUCCUCUCUCAGGCCUCCUUCAUUCCCACUCCUGUGGACACCAGCCAAAUUGUUCUCCCUCCUCAUCUGGAGAACAUCCGCGACAAGUUGGCAGAAAACAUCCACGAGCUCUGGGGGAUGAACAAGAUCGAACUGGGCUGGACUUACGGCAAGGUCCGCGACGACAACAAGCGGCAGCAUCCGUGCCUCGUGGAUUUCACCAAGCUACCUGAAACCGAAAGGAGCUACAAUCUUCAGAUGUCCAGCGAAACGCUCAAGACCCUGUUGGCACUUGGAUGCCAUGUUGUCCAAGUUAAUGUUCACGCUGAAGAAGAUCUGAAGAAAAUCAAAUUACCUAAAGACUACAUGAUGUCUAAUGGAUAUAAGCCUGCACCGCUGGGACUCUCUGACGUGAAACUGACUCCAGGUCAGGAGAUUCUGGUUGACAAACUGGCCGAAAACGCACACAAUGUGUGGGCCAAAGACAGAAUCAAGCAAGGAUGGACCUAUGGCAUCCAGCAGGAUUUAAAGAGCAGACGUAAUCCUCGCCUGGUGCCGUAUGCUUUACUGGACGAACGCACCAAGAAAUCUAACAGAGACAGUCUGAGAGAGGCCAUCAGGACCAUCGUUGGAUAUGGAUACGAUAUCGACCCUCCAGACCAGGAAGUUGUGCACGCGGUAGACGGUCAGAACAUCGAGACCAUCAGAUUCUUCCGUGUGGAGCAAACGUACGCAGUGAAGACUGGGAAGUGGUACUUUGAGUUUGAGGUCUUGAGUGGAGGUGACAUGAGGGUUGGCUGGGCCAGGCCGGGAUGCAGGCCUGACGUAGAGCUGGGAAAAGACGACCAAGCCUUCGUCUUUGAUGGCUACAGGGGUCGGCGGAUGCACGCCGGCAGCCGCUAUUUCGGCCAACCUUGGAAGAAAGGAGACGUGGUUGGAUGCAUGAUCAAUAUGGAGGACAAAUCUAUGAUUUUCACUCUGAACGGAGAACUGCUGAUCACCAGCAAGGGCUCUGAGCUGUGCUUUGCAGAUUUUGAAACGGAAGACGGUUUCAUCCCCGUGUGCAGCCUCGGCAUGUCUCAGAUCGGCCUCAUGAAUCUGGGCAAAGACGCGAGCACCUUUAAAUACUACACCAUGUGUGGCCUUCAGGAGGGCUUUGAGCCUUUUGCUGUCAACAUGAACAGAGAGAUAACCAUGUGGUUCAGCAAGCGCCUGCCCACUUUCGUCAACAUACCACAGGACCACAUGCACAUCGAGGUGACGAGGAUCGAUGGAACAGUGGACAGCCCUCCCUGCCUUAAGGUCACUCAUAAAACAUUUGGCACCCAGAACAGCAACAGUGACAUGGUUUACUGCAGGCUGAGCAUGCCUGUGGAGUUUUACUCUGCAGACCGGCUUCUGGACGACUCACUGAAGCUCAGCCAUCCUCCAAAAGAAGAUGGGAGUAUGGACUUUGGAAGCAUCACUACUUACUUCCACUCAGUGAGGGUGUUUGCUGGACAGGACCCUGCCUCUGUGUGGGUGGGCUGGGUCACUCCUGACUACCACUACCACAGCAAGAAGUUUGGCCUUGGCAAGACGCGAACCGUCACCGUUACCCUGGGAGACGAGAGGGGCCGGGUCCACGAGAGCGUUCAGAGGAGCAACUGCUACAUGGUGUGUGCAGCAGACGCCGUCAGUUUGUCUUCCUCCAGCCACUCCAACUCGGACCUGGAGAUCGGCUGUCUGGUCGACCUGGCCACCGGCCUCGUCUCCUUUACUGCCAACGGCAAGGAGCUGCCCAUCUCUUAUCAGGUGGAGCCGAACACCAAACUCUUCCCUGCCGUGUUUGCGUCCCCCACCAGUUCAAACCUCUUCCAGUUUGAAUUUGUUAAGAUAAAGGAUGCAAUGCCGCUGUCGUCGGCCAUAUUCAGGAGUGAGUCGAGGAACCCGGUUCCUCAGUGUCCGCCUCGACUGGAUGUGCAGACCAUCGUGGCUGUGCUCUGGAGCCGGAUGCCGAAUACCUUCCUGAAUGUGGAGACGGCUCGGGUCAGUGAGAGGCACGGCUGGGUGGUCCAGUGUCUGGAGCCUCUGCAGAUGAUGGCGGUGCACAUACCUGAGGAGAACAGGUGUUUGGACAUCCUGGAGUUAUCGGAGCACGAGGACCUGAGGAAGUUCCACUACCACACGCUGAAGCUUUACUGCGCCCUGUGUGCCCUAGGGAACACACGCGUCGCUCACGCUCUCUGCAGCCAUUUAGACCAAUCACAGCUCCUCUACACCAUCGACAACCAGUACCUGUCGGGCAUGCUCAGAGAGGGCUUCUACAACGUCCUCAUCAGCAUUCAUCUUGAGACGGCAAAGGAGGCGCAGCUGAUGAUGAACAAUGAGUUCAUCAUCCCAGUAACGGACGAGACUCGUUCCAUUAAGCUCUUCCCAGAUGAGUCCAAGCGUCAUUCGCUGCCCGGCGUCAAUCUGAGCACCUCCCUCAAACCUCGGGUCAACUUCUCCCCCGUUGGCAUCAUCAGCACCAAACGCCACCAGUUCCUCUACAGCCCCCAGAUCCCGUUGGGAGUCCUAAAGGAGAAGGCCAUCAGCAUGCUCACCGACGCCGUGCAGGGAGGAGGCUCCCACAUCCGAGACCCAGUGGGCGGGAGCUUGGAGUACCAGUUUGUUCCCAUCCUGAAGCUCAUCGGAACGCUGCUCAUCACGGGAGUGCUGACCAGCGAGGAGGUGAGGCUGAUCCUCCUCCUGAUCGAGCCCAACGUGUUCGGGGAGGCCAGAGAGGGCGAGGAGGUGAAGGGGGAUGAGGUGGCUGUGGCAGGGGAGAAGGAGGAGGUGAGCAAGAAUGAGGAGAAGGCCGUGGAGGCAGGAGAGGAGGAGACCAAGGAGAGUAAACCGCCUGCUAAAGGUCUGCUGGGGAAGUCUCUGCCAGAGUCGGUCAAACACGAGAUGUGCGAGCUGCUCCACUACUUCUGCGACUGUGAGCUGAAGCAUCGCAUCGAAGCCAUCGUCUCCUUCUCCGACAGAUUUGUGUCCAAGCUGCAGUUCAAUCAGAAGUUCCGCUACAACGAGCUGAUGCUGGCGCUCAACAUGUCUGCCGCCGUCACAGCCAAGAAGACCAAGGAGUUUCGCUCGCCGCCUCAUGAGCAGAUCAACAUUCUGUUGAACUUUGAGGCGGGGGAGGACUGUCCCUGCCCAGAGGAGAUCCAGGAGGAACUGAAGUCUUUCCACGAAGAAUUACGCCUGCACUGUGGAAUCCCAAUGGAGGAGGAGGAAGAGGAGCAGGACACUUCGAUAAAAGGUCGACUUCUGGCUUUGCUGCACAAGAUUAAAGGUCCACCUCAGAAGACAGCAGAGAAACCAGAGGAGAUGGAACAAGCUGCACCAACCAAUCUGAAGGAGCUGAUAUCGCAGACUAUAACCAGCUGGGCUCAGGAGUCCCACAUCCAGAACCCAGAGCUGGUCAGAGUGAUGUUCAGUCUGCUGAGGAGGCAGUACGAUGGCAUCGGUGAACUGCUUCGAGCCAUGAAGAAGUCCUACACCAUCAGUGCCGCGUCCGUGCAGGACGCUAUUAACCUGCUGGCCUCUCUUGGUCAAAUCAGGUCUCUGCUCUCAGUGCGCAUGGGCAAGGAGGAGGAGAAGCUCAUGAUCGACGGACUUGGCGACAUCAUGAACAAUAAAGUUUUCUACCAGCAUCCCAAUCUGAUGAGAGUUCUGGGCAUGCACGAGACUGUCAUGGAGGUCAUGGUCAACGUUCUGGGAGGAGACAAGUCUCAGGAGAUCGCUUUCCCCAAGAUGGUGGCCAGCUGUUGUCGCUUCUUGUGUUAUUUCUGCCGCAUCAGCCGCCAGAACCAAAAAGCCAUGUUCGACCACCUGAGCUACCUUCUGGAGAACAGCAGCGUUGGACUGGCCUCUGAGGCGAUGCGAGGCUCCACUCCUCUGGAUGUUGCAGCGUCUUCUGUGAUGGACAACAACGGUCUGGCUCUGAACCUGGAGGAACCUGAUCUAGAGAAGGUGGUGACGUACCUGGCGGGAUGUGGCCUUCAGAGCUGCGCCAUGCUCGUUGCUAAGGGUUACCCUGACCUCGGCUGGAACCCCAUCGAGGGAGAGCGCUACCUGUCCUUCCUGAGAUUUGUCGUCUUCUGUAAUGGUGAGAGCGUGGAGGAAAAUGCCAACGUGGUGGUGAAGCUGCUGAUCAGGCGUCCUGAGUGUUUUGGCCCCGCCCUUAGAGGAGAAGGAGGGCAGGGCCUGCUGGCUGCUAUGAAGGAGGCCAUAAAGAUCUCUGAGGAUCCAGCUCUGGACCUGCCGAACACCCCCGCUGGAGCUGCUCCUGGGUCUGGUGAGGAGGAAGAGGAGGUCAUUCACAUGGGAAACGCCAUCAUGUCCUUCUACUCGGCUUUAAUCGACCUGCUGGGACGCUGCGCUCCUGAGAUGCAUCUCAUCAACACAGGUAAAGGCGAGGCGCUGCGUAUCAGAGCCAUCCUGCGCUCUCUGGUCCCCACCUCAGACCUGGUGGGCAUCAUCAGCAUCCCCCUCAACAUGCCGGUGGUUAAUAAAGACGGAACAGUGACCGAGCCGGACAUGUCGGCCUGUUUCUGCCCGGACCACAAGGCCCCCAUGGUGCUCUUCCUGGACAGAGUCUACGGCAUCGAGGACCAGAGCUUUCUCCUUCAGAUGCUGGAGGUCGGCUUCCUGCCAGACCUCAAAGCGUCAGCGUCUUUGGACACAGAGGUGCUGAGCACCACGGAGACGGCGCUGGCGAUGAACCGGUACAUCGGCUCAGCCCUGCUGCCUCUGCUGACCCGCUGUGCUGCUCUUUUUGCCAGCACCGAGCACUACGCUCUUCUGGUCGACUCCACGCUGGAGACCAUCUACCGGCUGUCCAAAGGUCGCUCGCUCACUAAAGCCCAGCGGGAUGCCAUCGAGGAGUGUCUGCUCGCUAUCUGCAAACAUCUGCGCCCCUCAAUGAUGCAGCAGCUGCUCAGACGACUGGUGUUCGACGUUCCUCUGCUCACCGAGUACUGCAAGAUGCCUCUGCGGCUGCUGACCAACCACUACGAGCAGAACUGGAAGUAUUACUGCCUACCGUCUGGGAUGGGCGGCUUCGGGAUGGCCUCUGAAGAGGAGCUGCUUCUCACCAAGAAACUCUUCUGGGGAAUCUUUGACUCCUUGUCUCAGAAGAAAUAUGAUUCAGAACUUUUUAAAAUGGCCAAAUCGUGCCUGUGCGCCAUUGCUGGAGCCCUGCCGCCGGACUUUGUGGACACCAGCUUAGGAACCGUGGAGAAACAGGAAUCUGUGGACGCUCAAGGAAACUUUGAGCCCAAACCCAUCAACACUGCCAACAUCUCCCUUCCUGAAAAACUCGAGUACAUUGCCAACAAGUAUGCUGAGCAUUCCCACGACAAGUGGGCCUCAGAGAAGAUGUCAGCCGGGUGGAAACAGGGAGACGGUGUGGAUGAGCAGGCCAAAACUCAUCCUCUGCUGAAGCCGUACAAAGCUCUGAGUGAGAAGGAGCGGGAGACGUACCGUUGGCCCGUCAGAGAGUCGCUGAAGAGCAUGCUGGCUAUGAGCUGGAGCAUCGAGAGGACCAAAGAGGGGGAAGCCAUGUUCCAACAGCGAGAGAGCGAAAAACAAAGCAAGCUCUCAGGGACUCAGACUAAUGGAUUCAGUCCGGCUCCGAUGGACCUCCAUAAUGUCACGUUGUCCCGAGAGCUACAGAGCAUGGUGGAGGUGGUGGCAGAGAAUUACCACAACAUCUGGGCCAAGAAGAAGAAGGCUGAACUCCUCAGUAAAGGAGGAGGACCGGCUCACCCACUGCUGGUUCCCUACGACACCCUGACGGCUAAAGAGAAGUACCGAGAUAAAGAAAAGGCCCAGGAACUCUUCAGGUUCCUGCAGAUUAGUGGCUACGCCAUCACCAGAGGUCUGAAGGACAUGGAACAGGACUCGUCCUCCAUGGAGAAACGCUUCACCUUCAAGUUUGUCAAACGGCUGCUGAAGUACGUGGACUCUGCCCAGGAGUUCAUCGCCCAUCUAGAGGCCAUGGCCACCAGCGGGAAGACCGACAAGUCGCCACACGACCAGGAAAUCAAGUUCUUUGCCAAGGUGUUGCUUCCGCUGCUCGAUCAAACCUUUAAGAACCACUGCCUCUACUUCCUGUCCACGCCGAGCAAGAACCUGAGUAGCUGCGGCUGCGCCUCCAACAAAGAGAAGGAGAUGGUAACCAGCCUGUUCUGCAAGAUGGCCGCUCUUGUUAGACACAGAAUUUCUCUCUUUGGAAGUGAUUCGGCGAUGAUGGUGAGCUGUCUGCACAUCCUCUCCCACUCACUCGACACAAGAACUGUGAUGAAGUCUGGCGCUGAGCUGGUCAAAGUCGGCUUCAAGGCCUUCUUUGAGAACGCAGCCGAGGACCUGGAGAAGCUGGUGGAGAUGCUGAAGCUGGGGAAGUUCAUGCAGUCGCGCGCUCAGAUGAAGAGCGUCACUCAGAGCAUCAACUAUGUGACGGUGGCCCUGCUGCCGAUCCUCACCGCUCUGUUUGAACACAUCACAACACACGAGUUUGACGUGGAUCUGCUCGUGGACGAUAUGCAGCUGUCCUGCUACAGGAUUCUGAUGUGUUUCUACUCCCUGGGAACAGGAAAGAACGUUUUUGUGGAGAGACAUUUACCAGCUUUGGGGGAGAGUCUGGCGACCCUUGUGGCAGCCAUGCCCGUAGCGUUCCUGGAGCCACAGCUGAACGCCUACAACCCGCUUUCAGUCUUUAACACCAAGACCCCGAGAGAGCGAGCCAUCCUGAGUAUGCCCGACACGGUGGAGGAGAUGUGUCCGGAGAUGCCUCACCUCGACAAACUGCUCAAAGACGUCAACGACGUGUCGGAGUCCGGAGCCCGUUACUGUGAUAUGCCGCAGGUCAUCGAGGUCGUCCUGCCCAUGCUGUGUAACUACUUGUCCUACUGGUGGGAGAAAGGUCCAGAGAACUCGCCUCCAGACACGAACUGCUGCACCAUGGUGACCUCUGAACACCUCAGCAUCAUUCUGGGAAACAUUCUCAAGAUCCUCAACAACAACCUGGGCAUAGAGGACGCGCCGUGGAUGAAGAGGAUUGCAGUCUACUCUCAGCCAAUCAUCUGCAAAGCUGCAGCUGACUUGUUACGAACCCACUUCCUGCCCACUCUGGAGAAGCUAAAGAAGAAGACGGUGAAGGUGGUGUCUGAGGAGGAGCUGCUGAAGGCCGAUGGGAAAGGUGACAACCAGGAGGCAGAGCUUCUCAUCCUGGAUGAGUUUGCUGUGCUCUGCAGGGACCUCUAUGCUUUCUACCCCAUGCUCAUCCGCUAUGUGGACAACAACAGGUCCAGAUGGCUGAAGGAGCCAGACGCAGACUCCACUGAACUUUUUAAGAUGGUGGCUGAGAUCUUUAUCCUCUGGUGCAAGUCUAACAACUUUAAGCGCGAGGAGCAAAACUUUGUGAUUCAGAAUGAGAUCAACAACUUGGGUUUCCUGACCGGGGAAGGCAAGUCGAAGAUGUCCAAGGCUGGUGGAGAUCAGGAGAGGAAACACAAGCGCCGCCGUGGUGAAUACUACUCCAUCCAGACGUCUCUGAUCGUAGCCGCCCUGAAGAAGCUGCUGCCCAUCGGUCUGAACAUGUGCACCCCCGGAGACCAGGAGCUCAUUUCUCUGGCUAAGAUCCGCUACAGUCUGAAAGACACGGACGACGAGGUGGUUGAGUAUCUACGUCAAAAUCUGCACCUUCAGGAAAAGUCUGAAGACCCGGCCGUUUAUUGGCAGCUGAACCUUUACAAAGACGUGGUGGUGAAGAGUGGAGAACCGGUGGACUCCGAACACACGGUGGAGAGAAUCCAGAGCAUCUCUGCUGCUGUCUUCCACCUGGAGCAGGUUGAACAACCUCUGAGGAACAAGAAAUGCGUAGCUCAGAAGCUGCUGUCCAAACAGCGAAAACGAGCCGUGGUGGCGUGUUUCCGCAUGGCUCCUCUCUACAAUCUACCCAGGCAUCGUGCUAUCAACUUCUUCAUCCCAGCCUAUGAGAGACUUUGGAUAGAGGCAGAGGAGUACUCCUUUGAGGAGAAGCUAGUUCAGGAUCUGGCAAAAACCCCGAUGAAGAUUGUGGAGGAAGAUGAAGAGGAGACGGCUGAGGUCCGGCCUGACCCUCUUCACCAACUCAUCCUUCACUUUAGCCACAACGCUCUGACGGAGAGAAGUCACUUGGAAGUCGAUCCUUUGUAUAUCGCGUAUGCAGACAUGAUGGCAAAGAGCUGUGCAGAGGACGAGGAGGAAGAAGAAGAAGAGGGGAAAGAAAAAACAUUUGAGGAAAAGGAGAUGGAAAAGCAGAAGAUCCUGUAUCAGCAGGCCAGACUGCACGCCCGUGGGGCUGCUGAGAUGGUCCUGCAGAUGAUCAGCGCCAGUAAAGGUCGUCUGGGUCCCAUGGUGACCUGCACUCUCAAACUGGGCAUCUCCAUCCUAAAUGGAGGCAAUGUGCAAGUUCAGCAGAAAAUGCUGGAUUACCUGAAAGAAAAAAGAGAUGCAGGCUUCUUCAAGAGUCUCUCAGGACUGAUGCAGUCAUGCAGUGUCCUGGACUUGAAUGCAUUUGAGAGGCAAAACAAAGCAGAAGGACUUGGCAUGGUGACAGAGGAAGGCUCAAUCCACUCUCAGCGGGGCUCAAAGGUGCUGCAGAAUGACGAGUUUACCAGAGAUCUGUUCCGGUUCUUACAACUUCUCUGUGAGGGCCACAAUGGAGAUUUCCAGAACUUCCUGAGAACCCAAACAGGAAACACAACAACGGUCAACAUCAUCAUCAGCACUGUUGACUACCUGUUGCGUCUGCAGGAAUCUAUCAGCGAUUUCUACUGGUACUACUCUGGAAAAGAUGUAAUUGAUGAAACUGGGAAACUUAACUUCUCCAAGGCGUUAUCUGUUGCCAAGCAGAUAUUCAACUCGCUGACUGAGUACAUUCAGGGGCCUUGCAUUGGAAACCAGCAGAGUUUAGCUCAUAGCAGACUGUGGGAUGCGGUUGUGGGCUUCUUGCAUGUGUUUGCAAACAUGCAGAUGAAGCUAUCACAGGAUGCCAGUCAAAUUGAGUUGCUAAAGGAGCUGAUGGACUUACAGAAGGACAUGGUGGUCAUGUUAUUGUCUCUACUGGAGGGUAACGUUGUGAAUGGAACAAUUGGAAAGCAAAUGGUCGACACGCUGGUGGAGUCAUCCAGCAAUGUGGAGAUGAUCCUCAAGUUCUUUGACAUGUUCCUCAAGCUAAAGGAUCUCACAACAUCUGACAACUUCAAGGAGUACGACCCAGAGUGUAAGGGCAUUAUUUCUAAGAAGGAGUUCCAGAAGUCGAUGGAGAGCCAGAAACAGUACAGCCAGUCGGAGAUCGAGUUCCUGCUCUCGUGUGCAGAAGCCGAUGAGAACGACAUGUUCAACUACAAAGAGUUUGUGGAGCGAUUCCACGAGCCAGCCAAAGACAUCGGCUUCAACGUGGCAGUGCUGCUCACCAACCUGUCUGAACACAUGCCGCACGACUCUCGACUCGCCACCUUCUUGGACCUGGCAGAAAGCGUGCUUAGCUACUUUGAGCCUUACCUGGGUCGUAUCGAAAUCUUGGGCAGUGCAAAGCGCAUCGAGAGGGUUUACUUUGAGAUCAGUGAGUCGAGCCGAGAGCAGUGGGAAAAGCCGCAGGUUAAAGAAUCCAAGCGUCAGUUCAUCUUUGAUGUGGUGAACGAGGGCGGAGAGAGCGAAAAGAUGGAGAUGUUUGUGAACUUCUGUGAGGACACCAUUUUUGAGAUGCAGCUGGCCUCACAGAUCUCUGAGCCAGACGUUGUAGAACAACCUGAAGAGGAGGAGGAAGAGGAAGCACACAGCAUCCUUGAGGAGCUUUCUGGGGGAGAAGAGGAUGCCCUGGAGUCAGCCUCGGCUUUCACCACUGCUUGUCGCUCAGUCAAGAAGAAGAUUUCAGACAUCCGGCAGAUUUUUGCUGUUAAAAACAUACGUAAGCAGUUCAAAAAAGUUAAGAAGCUGAGCAUCAGGGAGCUGAUCACGGGCUUCUUCUCCUUCUUCUGGAUGCUCUUCAUUGGCUUCUUUAAGGGGAUCUUUGGUCUCAUCUUCGGUUUCUUCCACCUCAUCUGGUCCUCCAUGUUCGGAGGGGGGCUUGUUGAGGGAGCCAAGAACAUGAAAGUGACCGACAUCCUUGGAAACAUGCCCGACCCCACUCAGUUUGGCAUCCAUGGAGAUGUUGCAGGAGAAGACAAGGUGGAGGCUAUAGAGUCGUCCGGAAGCUUGGACAAAACUACGACACCGCCAGGGGACGGGACAGAUAUGGACGUAAUGCUGGAGAUGCUGACGGCGCCCAAAAAGGAAGGAGGAAAGCAUGUGGAGCCUGGACUGGGUGAUGUUUCUGAGCUGUCGGGAGAAUCCUCCACAGAUCAAAAGAAGAAAGCUGCAGCCAAGCCUGUGGAAACCCCAGAGAGUGAACCAGAAAAGGCAGACACAGAGACCAAGGAGAAGGAGGACAAACCAAAGGAGGAGGAGGCUAAAGAGCCCGUCGCCGAGGAGAAACCUAUAACCAAAUCAAGUCACCCUAAAGAGGCGUCGCCUGCCUUCAUGUCGUCCAUCUUUGCUGUUCUUGAUGUUUACACGACCAAGAUGCUGAACUACCUGGCUCGUAACUUCUACAACCUCCGUUUCCUUGCCCUGUUUGUGUGCUUCGCCAUCAACUUCAUCCUGCUCUUUUACAAGGUCACUGGUGAGACUGAAGAAGAAGUUGACGAAGACGACCGCUGGGAAGGAGAUGAGGAGGAUGACGGUGAGAACACGCUGUUUGACAUGGACGAGUUUGUGCUUCAAGAGAGCACUGGAUACAUGCUACCAACGCUGCGUUUCCUGGCUGUUUUCCACACGGUCAUCUCGCUCCUCUGCUUGGUCGGAUACUACUAUCUAAAGGUUCCUUUGGUGGUCUUCAAGAGGGAGAAGGAGAUAGCCAGGAAGCUUGAGUUUGAUGGUUUGUACAUCACUGAGCAGCCGUCUGAUGAUGAUAUCAAAGGCCAGUGGGAUCGACUCGUCAUCAACACGCCAUCCUUCCCGAACAAUUACUGGGACAAGUUCGUCAAGCGCAAGGUGAUCAACAAAUACGGCGACAUGUACGGAGCUGAACGCAUCGCUGAGCUUUUAGGUCUGGAUAAAAGCGCUCUGGACUUUGACCCCACAGUGGAGACCGUGGAGAAGGAAGCUUCUUUGCUUUCCUGGUUGAGCUCCAUUGACACCAAGUACCACAUCUGGAAAAUGGGAGUUGUUCUGACCGAUAACUCCUUCCUGUAUCUGAUCUGGUACACCACCAUGUCCAUUUUUGGACACUUCAACAACUUCUUCUUUGCUGCCCAUCUUCUGGACAUCGCUAUGGGCUUCAAGACCCUUCGCACCAUCCUGUCGUCUGUCACUCACAACGGCAAGCAGCUGGUGCUGACCGUGGGUCUGCUGGCUGUGGUCGUCUACCUCUACACUGUGGUGGCCUUCAACUUCUUCAGGAAGUUCUACAACAAGAGCGAGGAUGAAGACGAGCCCGACAUGAAGUGUGACGAUAUGAUGACGUGCUACUUGUUCCACAUGUACGUGGGCGUGAGAGCGGGAGGAGGCAUCGGAGACGAGCUGGAGGACCCGGCCGGAGAUCCAUAUGAACUCUACCGCAUCCUGUUUGACAUCACCUUCUUCUUCUUCGUCAUCGUCAUCCUGCUGGCCAUCAUUCAGGGUUUGAUCAUCGAUGCUUUUGGUGAGCUGAGAGACCAGCAGGAGCAGGUGAAGGAGGACAUGGAGACCAAAUGCUUCAUCUGUGGCAUUGGGAAUGACUACUUUGAUCGAACGCCUCACGGGUUUGAAACACACACCUUACAAGAGCACAACCUGGCCAACUACCUGUUCUUCCUGAUGUACCUGAUCAACAAGGACGAGACCGAACACACGGGUCAGGAGUCCUAUGUUUGGAAGAUGUACCAGGAGAGGUGCUGGGACUUCUUCCCCGCAGGAGACUGCUUUCGUAAGCAGUACGAGGACCAGUUGGGUUAGUGGAGGCGGCCUCAGCAGGCGCCCCAAACACCCCUUCCUACUUGACUUCGGCCUGUUAACAGAACCUGAAAACAACACAAAACAUGAUUGUAGGAUGAACGACUGACGAUUGGACACUCUGGGUUUGUGCAUUUGAGCUCCUUUUGUUGCCUCAAUAACAUUUUUAUGCAAACUCUUCCUUUGAUUCUGAAUCACAUCGCCUUCUCACUUGCUUAAGCCAAGUCAGAUGCACAUUAAUGGUUACAGCAUGACAACUGAAUGUCUGAUUAUGCACAAUUUCUGGCCAGGACCUUUGUGUCACCACCAAGCCAACUGAAUGGAUCUGUGUUUGAGUCAACAUCCAAUAAUUAGCCUUUCAGAGAUGAUUCAAGUGUGUGUAAUGAGAUCAACGUGGAUCCUUCAGGACCAGAUGACUCAGUUUAGAUGUUUAUCAAGUGCCUUCAGAAGAAAACUAUGCAAGAAAUGUAGUUUUAUUUUUGAUGUUCCUCCUCACACAAGCAGAUUUACAUGAAGCUAGUUUGGUGGCUUUGAAUUAAAAAAUGGAAAUUUGUUGUACAAAAUCUAAACAAUUCUUGUGUAAAUGUUGCUUAAAUUGGUUCUGUUCCUGAACGGUGGCGUCCUGCCUGCCUGCACUUUCUUCCACAGUGAAAGAACCCCCCCCCCCCCCCACCCCCUAACCACAGAGAACUGUUCAAUGAUGUCAUGAAUGGUUGACAGCUACCACAUGGCCAUUUGUAUGUAUGUAGUAGGUUUGGACAACUUCAUUUCUUUUGAUGACUGGAGGAAAUUAAUAAAGCAACUGAUGCAGUAAAA